AUGGCAGGUGUUCUCAGGGCUGAGGAUGAUGCUCCUUCUCCGAGACGUAACAAACGGCCUAGGGUCCUUGUGGCAUGCCAGAGGUGUAAAAGCAGGAGACAAAAGUGCGACAAUGCUUCUCCAGCCUGCUCAAAUUGUGCCCGGUCAGGUGUUUCAUGCGUGUAUGCAGAGAAUGCAUAUCCAUCCUCAUAUGUCAAAAUGUUGGAGGACAGAUUAGGGAUGCUCGAAGCACAAUUGGGCUCUCCCAGUCAGGUCUCUGAACGUGAAGAGCUUCAUAGCCUCACCCAACCAUCCAGGGCUCGCCACAAUCCGACGUUGCUGACGGAGCAGCCAACAAGAUCAUCUCCGUCAAAUCGUCUCACCCUCGGUCUUGGUGUUCUAUCCUCGGUCGCAGCUGCUGAGCCUCACUACUUCGGCUCUUCGUCGGGGUUGAGCCUCGCCCACUUCGUUCAAGCGGCCAUAGAAAGCGGUACACAUGAUGGAUCGGAAGUAUCCCUUCCUUUAUUGGCUGAUCGUCCUUUCUCGAAUCACGCGCCUUCCUCUCAAACGCCAUUGGCUCCAAUUCCAGCGCCGAAGGUGGGCAGCAGAUACAUCAGGGCUUAUCUGGCAAGUGUACACCCAUUGUACCCUUUCCUGGACAGAAGAGCACUUUGGGAGAGCCAACGCCAGCAUAGUAGCUUCCAUGCAGACUCAUCACCAGACUCACGUCUGGACCUCGCAGUCCUCCACUUGGUUUAUGCCAUUGGCUCUCGCUGCCUCGAGCUUCUAGGGUCGACCAACGUCGCAAAACAUACUCCUCAAGGCCACUUUCUGGCGGCGAUGAAGUACGUACCUGAAGCCAUGACAUGGACCAGCAUACGCUCGAUUGAGGUCACUUUGCUGCUGGGACUACACUCAAUGCGGUCGCCGUCAGGGACAAGUGUCUGGCAUUUAUGCGGCCUCGCCUUGAGACAGUGCCUGGAGCUGGGCUUGCACAAGCAAAGAGUUGUCCCCCCUCACCAGCUAGUCCAGGAUCAGAAGCGCAAAAGACUCUUCUGGAGCGCAUUCAUCUUCGAAAGGAAGACAGCACUUGUGUUGGGCAGGCCCUUUGCCAUAUCGGACAAGGAAAUAGAUGCAGAUUUACCCUUGGAGGUGAAUGAUGAUGAAGAAGACAUCGAGCAACUGGACGCAGCGCGACAAGCACAGCCCUCAAGUGGUGACACUGACUCCCGUCAUACGAGCAUGAGCCUUCACAGAUACCACAUCCUGCUGUACCGCAUUCACACGAAGAUUCGUUUUACCUUGCACGCUUUGAAGAACUCGCACAAGGCUGGCAAAUUGCGAGACAAAAUUGCGCUUCGAUUCCAAGAACUUGAAGAAUGGAAAGGAUGUGUUCUUGACCAUUACUCGAAGACAGAACUGCUUCUCGAAUACAACAAGGCUCGCAGAUCUCUACUGCAGCCACUCAUGACCGAAGGACAAGGUCAUUACACAUUUGGUCCGCCGGAGUAUGCUGCAUGCGUUGAUGCAUCUGGCCAGAUCUGUCAGCUCUACAGACGUCUUCAUCGGCUGUCUCCCGUGCCGUUCACGCUGAGAGAUCUGCAUGCAGUGUUUGUCGCAGGGUUCACAUUGAUCUAUUGCAUCUGCAAUAGGCCGUCUCUGUACGACGCUCAUCGUGCUGCCGACAUUGGAGCAUGCUCGACUGUUCUGUAUGUCAUAAGCGAGCAAUGGACGAGCGCCAGAAAGUACCGUGAUGCGUUCGAGAUGGUGGUGGAGAAGAUGAUCGAGCGCACUAGGAGCGCAGCUCAAGAUCAAGCCGUACUUAGCAAUGAUACACGACGUGAUACAAGGAGUACCAAGCCACGUCGCCAACGUGGUGCAAAAGCACAUCGUGCUCAACCGGACCCCCCAGAUUAUCUUGCGCCCCCUUCUGGUCCUGCUGUGCAUAAUGCAGCCAGCUAUGUCGACCAGGAGGCCUCUCGGACUCAGGAGCAGGCAGAUAUUGGUGCUGGCCAGCCAUUGAUCCAAGCUUCAUUUGGGUCUCCACGUUUCGCAGACGAUCUCACUCCCAGCGCUCUUGACGGAUUCGGAUUCGGGCUCGAUCUUGAUUUUGAGUACGACGAAAUUGGAAACCUUCUUACAAAUGAAGGUCUGGACUGGUUCACUGAUGCUGUUCUAUGA